CCAUCAUUGACGCUGAACCGCCCAGCAUAUAUGCUAUUUGAAAUCUGCCAUGUUUUCUUAUGGGAUCAGCUCUUCUCUGCUGAUUGAUUUCUCAUUUUGCAUCGUUCCAGUUGUGCUGAAGUUCUGAGAAGUCAAGACAGGCUUUUAUUUUGAAAGUGUUUGGUGUUUGGUGGUCUCCGCGCUUCAGUCAGUGCUGCGGCCCCGGCGCACACCGCACAGUCGCGAAUCACCCAAAGCGCGUGAAGACGCUGCUGUAUCUGCGGACAUCUGCGUCCUCAGAGCCCGCUGGACUCUGGAGUAUCCAAGCGGGAUUGUUAGUCUGUGUAAGAGACACACACAGAGAGAGGGGGAGCAGUAAAGGAGGAGGAGGCCACUCCUUUGAUAAACUCUGCAAACGCAAAAAAGCUCGCUCCAUACAGCUGCUGCUGGCUUCUAUUUACAUUCAGCAGAUGUGUUUGGAUUGAUAAAUCACUGGAGCUGUGUGUUUGGAUCCCCUGGACAGUCCGCGUUUAUGAUUAUAACCGAGUCGGGUCUUCAAAGAGGAAACUAUGUAACCUGGUAACACACGAAUGCAGCUGCUGUAUAUAGCCCCACUGAGAGACUGCGCUCUGUAUAUCACACAGACUUCCUUGGUUACGUGGAUCUCAGUGCCAUGGCAGUAACGCAGUGGGCCCUUCAGACAGCCAGACCUCACAAACACCUGUCAAGAACGAACGCUGGGAUCCGGCUUUUGUUCUAAAAGCAGAACCAAACGGAAGGAAGGAAGUCUAAUCCGGCUAGAGUUGAGAAGAUCCUAGAGCAGCACUAAGCCGGGCCGGAGUGAGGUGAAAGCGCAGGCACAUCGCAGCCAUGCUGGAGGAGGACAUGGAAGUGGCCAUCAAGGUGGUGGUGGUGGGGAACGGAGCGGUCGGGAAGUCCAGUAUGAUCCAGCGAUACUGCAAGGGCAUCUUCACGAAGGACUACAAAAAGACCAUCGGGGUUGACUUUCUGGAAAGACAGAUCAUAGUUAAUGGCGAGGACGUCAGGCUGAUGUUGUGGGACACGGCGGGACAGGAGGAGUUUGAUGCCAUCACCAAGGCCUAUUACAGAGGUGCUCAGGCCUGUGUGCUGGUCUUCUCCACCACCGACAGAGAGUCCUUUGAGGCCAUCAGCAGCUGGAGGGAGAAAGUGGAGAUGGAGGUCGGGGACAUACCCACCGUCCUGGUGCAGAACAAAAUCGAUCUGCUGGACGACACGGUUAUCAAAAAUGAGGAGGCUGAAGGUCUCGCUAAGAAGCUGAAGUUAAGAUUCUAUCGGACGUCAGUGAAAGAAGAUCUCAACGUCAAUGAAGUUUUUAAGUAUCUAGCUGACAAAUAUCUGCAACGACUCAAGCAGCAGUCGGCAGAGGAGACAGAGGUUGUUCACACAUCCAGCAAUAAAAUAGGCGUUUUCAACACUUCCGGCGGCAGUCAUCCCAACCAGACUGCCGGCGAUCUGAACGGCCGUGAGGUCAUAAACCUGCGCCCAAACAAGCAGAGGACCAAGAAAACAAAAAACCCCUUCGGUAGCUGCAGACUGCUCUGACGAGUAGGUCUAAAUCUUUUGGACACUGCCCUUCCUCACAUUUUAACAAUGAUUGUGGCUCAAAAUUUGAAUGAAAAGCGAAUAUAUUUUCUCACAGUCAAAUAUUUGGUGAGUUAUUCCAUGUGGUACACAGCAGGGUAAUUUUCUCUAAUGAGAGUACUUACAGCGGGAA